GUUACAGCGCCGGGCGUCACUCGGCGCUGGGCCGAACCACUCGCGCACCCGCCGCGGGGGGGCGGAAAGGGAGCGAGCCGCGGCUGCUCCCAAGUGCGGCUGCGGGGCUCGCUGUCGGGAUCCCCUCUCCCCCCUCCCCUCCGUUGUCCCGUUGGUUUCGCCCAGCGCGGCCCUUAGCUACGGCGGGGGCGCCGAGGGAAGAUGGCGGCUCCGUGACCGCGCCGCCGCCAGCUUCGUUGCCCUUCAGCCGCUGCGCCCCGCGCCUGCCGCCCGCCCUCCCCGCCGGGGCCGGGGGCCAUGUCGGACUCGGAGGAGGAGGAGGGCCCGGACCGUCAGCUCAAGCUUGUGGUGCUGGGGGACGGCACCUGCGGCAAGACAUCCUUAGCCACACGUUUUGCCCAAGAAACUUUUGGAAAACAGUACAAACAAACCAUAGGACUGGAUUUCUUCUUGAAAAGGAUAAUAUUGCCAGGAAAUUUGAAUGUUACUCUUCAAGUGUGGGAUGUCGGGGGGCAAACAAUAGGAGGCAAGAUGCUGGAUAAAUAUAUUUAUGGAGCUCAGGGUAUUCUUUUGGUUUAUGAUAUUACCAACUGCCAGAGCUUUGAAAAUUUAGAGGACUGGUAUAAUGUGGUAAAAAAAGUGACUGAAGAAUCAGAAACACAGCCACUUGUGGCCUUGGUUGGAAAUAAAAUUGAUUUGGAGCAUAUGCGCACAGUGAAAGUUGACAAGCACCAACGAUUUUGUCAGGAAAACAAUUUUAGUAGCCAUUUCGUGUCGGCCAAGACAGGAGAUUCUGUCUUCCUGUGUUUUCAGAGAAUUGCUGCUGACAUCCUUGGCAUCAAAUUAAACAAAGCAGAAAUGGAACAAUCACAGAGGGUGGUGAAGGCAGAUAUUGUCAACUACAGUCAGGAGCCUGUGACAAGAACCGUUAAUCCUCCUAGAAGCUCAAUGUGUGCAGUUCAAUGACCAUAUUAUUUUCCUUUGGUUUGAUACCUUUGACUGUCCUCCUACCUUGACACAGGCUCUGGGAUUGCCAGGAACUUUUAACAGUGACCAUCGCUACAGUGCAAUUCAAAAACAUGUUGUACCAUUGUACGUUGAGAAACAGCAGGCAUUUUUUUGACCGGCUGAAAUGAAAUGUUAGACCACACACUUUGAAAAAUUGAGAUCUAUAUUCUUUUAAAUUAUAUUUCAAUAAAACAGUAUAACUGUGUUUAUAAGUUUUCUCCUACCUAUUUGACUGAUACUGAAAUACAAAUGGAUGAAGGAGUCCUGCAUUUGAAAUAGUUUUAAAAGCAUCGCUAUGGAAGGGUAUUUUGCCAGUGUUUUUUUCUUUUUUUUUUCUUUUUUUUUUUUAAUUUUUUUGCUCCUGUGAUCUAAACUAACAUUCAGCAAACUGUUACUUGGAAAAGCUAUUGCUGGAAUAAUUUUAGACACUAAUAUAUUUCAUCAGGAUUAUUUGGAAAGUACUCCAUAAAUAUAUCUACAUAGUGCGAAAUGUAUAAAUUGUAUCCAGGAAGAAGCAGUGCUUGAAAUAAAGCUGUAAUAUAAAAAUA